AUGGCUCUCUUUGCGCACACCACCUUCCUCUCCCUGGUCAAAGUCGCAGAGACCUUUCCCGACUGUGUCUUCCCGGCCUAUGCGGAUAACAUGGCCGUAGUUGGAAAGCUCUCAGUUGCCGCACAAGCCACUGCAUCGCUGGUUGAUACGUUGAAACAAGAGCUCGGAUUGGAGAUUCGACCCAGAGAUUCGCAGAUAUUCUCCUCGUCCUGGUGCCUUCAAUCUAGGCAGCAACUGGCCAUCCACGAGCAUGUUUCAAGCCAGGGGAUCAUCCUUGGAGGUAUCCCGAUAGGGUCUCAGUCCUUUCAGCAAGAGUUUAUCACUGCCAAGGUGAAUGCCUUCAAUGCUGAGUUGACCCAGUUGGAACAAUUUCCCAUUGCGUUGGGUCUCAAGCAGCUCUUGAAGACGACCCACGUUCCCACCCUCCAAUACUUCUUACGUGGAAUCUCCCCGGCCUUGACAGCUGCCCAGUGCAAGUGCUUUGACGUCGCGAAUCUCCGUCUCCUUGAGAAGGUGUUUCAGUGGCCACAGCAACAGGCACAGGAGCCUGAGUUCAUCCGACCUGCAACCUGCCCCUGA